AUGUCUGCAUUUCUAUACUACUUGACAUCUGAAAGACCACGGCUUGCCAAACAUAUCGGCGACAUGACUAUUGGCCAGCAGACAAAGCUCAUCGCCAAACAGUGGAAGGUCAUGGAUGAUAAUAAGAAGGCACCCUGGGAGAAAAUGGCAAGAAGCGACAAGGACCGUUAUGCACGCGAGCGGCGAGAGUAU